CUGCCUCGAGCCCGCGGCCGCCCGCAGCCGCCAGCCACCAACCACGAGCGGCGGCGACGACCGGGCGGCGCCUCGGUUCCCCUGACCCGAUCCCCUCCGGUAUGGACGACCAGGCUCCACCUCUCGAAGCCGUCGCGCCAGCCAAGCGCACUGUCGUCGCCGACGAGCUGCAGCCACCGCUGUAUCCUCUUGAGGUGGAGGACGCCCUACCCUCCGGUAUGGACGGCCAGGCUCCACCUCCCGCCGCCAUCGCGCACGAGCUGCCGCCCACGCUGUCGCCGACGAGCGAGGUGGAGGACGCCCUACCCGUCGUCCCCGACACCGUCGACGCCACCUCCGCGGGGACCCCCGAAGCUGGCGCCGGUAGUGUCGUGCUCACGGAUGAGCUCCACGACCAGAUCGUCAAGCAGGUGGAGUACUAUUUCAGCCAUGAGAAUCUUCCUACCGACCAGUACUUGUUAAAAUUUGUGAAGAAGAACAAGGAUGCCUUUGUUCCUAUUGGGGCUGUUGCAAAAUUUAGAAGAAUGAAGAAACUUAUUCAGGACCUCUCUAUAAUUGAAGCUGCACUCAGGACAUCAUCUAAGCUGGAUGAGCACCAACACCAAUUGCUGAAUGCUAAAGGAGGGCCAAAAGGUCGGUACAGAGGUCAAGGAAAAGGUCAAGGUCAGAUUCAGCAAAACACAUACGGACAAGGAAGUUCUGGUUGUGUCUCUAAACAAGCCUAUUUCUGGACCAAGAAUGCCAGAUGGGACAAGGGGUUUUACGAUGGGGCGUGGUAGAUCUAUUCAACUUCCGAAGUCUGAAAUGGCUGAAGAAUAGCUAAUCCAAAGAGGCUUGGUAAAAAAACUAAAUGAAAACAUUAUCUAAAGAAAGCCUGGUAAAAUCUAACUGGAGAAUUUUAUCCAAAUACACCUGGUAAAAAAAUUCUAACCUUCCACGAGAAUAGAGUAUCCAAGCUGUUUUCUGCAUGAUGGAACACAGAAGAAAGGGGAUGAGUUGUGUAUAGACGAGCAAUUUUAUGUAGCAUCGUUCUGAAGUCACUUUGUUCCACAAAAUUUAGGUUUGAUGACCUUCAAAACUGUGCUUGCUUUUCUGAAGCACCCGUUUCUGCCUGUCUAGGUUUUUGCUCUCAGAAAUUAUGGUGUGAAUGAGAUGCCAGGUAAACCUC